UUUUUACAAACUGUAGUACUAGUGGUGGAAACAAGAAACUAUGUUUGGGUUGCAUGCAACAUUCUAAGGCGAAGACUUAGUACUGUAGUGUGGACACCGCCCACUACCAAAAGCACUGUGGCCUGGAUUCGCAUGCCCAGUCUCAGGGUUUGGUUUGUACUUGGCAGCUCGUUGUAUCCAACACGAAACAGUGAUUUGUACAAUGCAAUUUUCGAGUAAAUCAACGAAUGGCUCUUACUAUGGUUAGAGGUGACACGAGCGAAGAGCAGUUUCUGACACUUGCGCUGCAUUGUGCGAGCCACUGUAACAAGUGUUGCCAUAUUUCCGCUCAGUUGUUGUAGCGAUAAUACAAUGCGUGUCAUCCAUCGUAAGUCUGUCCUGCUGUACACGUACCCAGAGACUGAAUGCCUAGUGGGGAUUACAACAGGAGUUGUGAUAUUCCAUGAGUUGGCUAUCAAAUACCCUUUAUGACAUUAUUGUUUAAGGUAAAGAAAGGCAAGUAGUUAGUUGGCUAUCAGGUGACUUGUUACCUUUACUGAAGGCCAGUUUGGGACGGACCUUUGCUUGUGAUUGUUUGUCGACCGAUUCACCAUGUGCGUAGUUCGCGGCUCGUCAGUUUACGGAGUUGUGACUCUAUUCACCCUGGCUCUCCUCUUGGUCGCCGUGAAAGGUGAUGACCCACACCAUAACUGUGUUAUCAAGACCAUGCAGCAUCUGGGGUUUGAAUACAACUACUCUGUUUACUACGAGGAGAGAGCACUGAGUCACAACAUCAGUCUCGACAACUUUGCCACAAUGCGUGUCGAGGAUCUCAUGAUCAAGCUCAACGCAUCGGUCGAGGAUGCUGUGUUGAUUCAAGAAUGCUUUCGUCGUAAGACCCCGCUUUGCAUUGACUACAAGCCCUGCGAUAACCGUGGCCUCUGUCGUAUGGUGCGCAAUAGAGACUGGGACCUGGAUUACUUGUGCAUUUGCCCACCGUUGUAUCACGGAGAGUACUGCGAACACAUUCGCUCUGGCCCUCUCCGGGACCUCCGGGUAAUAGAAGCUGAAAUAGCGCUCAUGAUGAGGCACACAAAGGAAAGAACCAAGUACAUGACCAGAGGUUGCAACCUCGGCACGUUGGGUUACACGUUUAACGCGGGACAUAGCACUGACGUCGACACGGAUGUAGGAAUGAUCACCUCCGUCGAGUACGUGAAGAAGUUGUCGCUCUCAUAUUUCAAGCUGACGUACACAGCAGGUACAAUGUUGGGCACUGCUAAUGCCUACUCGCGCUGGUACUUCAAGAUAGAUGGCAAGGAGUGUUCUUCUCCCAGCAAUAUUGACAUGGUGCGCUAUCAGAACAAGGCCUGGAAGAUCCUCAUCCCAUCCACAAUGUCAGGAAUAUGCGCGUCCACGGAUCUGCGGCUUGGACCCAUACCAUCAGGCAAGCACAACAUCUCAGUUCAUGUUGGCGGCUUGGGGUCGCUGAAAGCCGGAGAUGCCAAAACGGGACGACUCUCGAUGUCUCUGCUUGAAGUCGAGGAAGUGUGUCCCCCAUGACCUGUGAUUAAGCAAAAGACACACCAUACUGGAAUUGUUAUCCAGUCUUGUUUACUGCGAGAUAGCCGGUUGUGCGUGACCAGUAUAGUACAUAUGCCGAAGCAUUAAUGUAAAAAAGAACCUUGAGGCAACUCUCAAGGUCUCUGCUGGAGGUUGAGAAAGUGUGUCUUCUCUGAUCACUCACUGAUGAACACAUACUAUGCUGGUAUAGAUCUGUGUUUAUGAAUACUGAAAGACAUCUAGUGCCGAGAGACCAAUAUAGUACACAUGCCAAUGCAAUUUUUGGGACAGGACAACUAUUAUCAUAUGAUGUAUUAGAAGGUGUUGACAAGACAAUGACGGAUCGUCUGGGUGUCCAGAGUCUACUCAUGCAUAGUUUGCAUCGGAAAUUGUGUUUUAUAAUUCAUAGAAUAUAACUAGGCAGAAAUGUGUAUACUCGGGAAGAGAGAGAGAGAGAGAGAGAGAGAGAGAGAGAGAGAGAGAGAGAGAGAGAGAGAGAGAGAG